UUCCUUUGUUGACUUCCUGUUUGUUGUCAUCAUUAUUUUUGAGUCAAAGUAGUCUUGUCUGGUGGAGAAUGUCGACUCGUUUAGAGAAAGAGAAAGCCAAAGCCCAACAGGAGAAGUUUCAGGCUGUGUUAUCAAAUCUUUUGAAAGACGAAGAUAACAAAUACUGUGUGGAUUGUGACGCUAAAGGACCAAGAUGGGCCUCUUGGAAUUUAGGAAUUUUCUUAUGUAUACGAUGUGCUGGAAUCCACAGAAAUCUAGGAGUUCAUGUUUCAAAAGUAAAAUCAGUGAAUCUAGACACAUGGACUGCAGAACAGGUUUCUAUGAUGAUGGAAAUAGGUAACAGCAGGGGAAGAGCAGUCUAUGAAGCAAAUAUUCCAGACGGUUUCCGUCGUCCUCAGACAGACUCUAAAAGCUCUCUGGAAGCCUUUAUUAGAGCAAAAUAUGAACAGAAGAAGUACAUCGCUAGGGAAUGGGUCCCACCUAAAUGUUCCGUUCCCAAACAGCUUUUAGAGGAUGAAAAAGUAGAGAAAAAGAAACGUCAGAAACAGUCAGUGGUUCAGCUCUCCUCGGUUCCAAAAGCGAAACCCUCGGAAAGUUCAGCAACUUCUUCACCUAAAAAGGAACCAGCACCAAUCACCAGUCAAGCAACAUCCAGCAACUCAACCGACCUCCUGGGGUUAGACACACCUGUUGUAUCUAGUAAUCAACAGAAUACAUCCAGUAGUUCUGGGGACUUACUGGGGGAUUUUAUGGGGGCACCUGUCUCCUCCCAGAACAAUGUAACAACACAGUCUAGUCAGCCUCUACAAUCAACACAACAGAAUGGAGAGACAGAUGUGAAUCUGUUCCAAGACUCCUCUACAGAGAAACUUCAGGACAAAUCUACAAAAGACUCCAUUAUGGCUCUGUUUGGUAGUUCCUCAUCUCAGCAGCCACAACAACAACAGUUUGGAGUGCCAGGUAGCUAUGCCCCACCCUAUGACGUGUACCAGUAUGAGACAGGUGGCAUGUACAUGCCACAACAGAACAUGGGAAUGUACGGAAUGCCACCAAACAGUAUGAUGGCACCAAACAUGCAGUAUCAACAACAAAUGGGCAUGAUGAAUAUGCCACAACAGCAACAAGGGAUGUAUAACAUGAUGGGCAUGCCACCAGUUAGUCAGACAGGGUAUGGGAACCAGCAACAGAUGCAACAAAUGCAAUACCAACAGAUGCAGCAACAAAUGGCACAGAUGCGUUUGGGAAGUGGAAACACAGGAAUGAUGGGGGUCCCAAUGGGGAACCAGGGGGCCAUGAACUGGGGUGCACCUGCGAACAGUGGACAGACUCUCUCUACAAAUUUAUGGAAAUGAUGAUACUGAAAUAUUAGUGUGAUAAAUUAACAUUCCAGGCUUAACGCUGGAUAAUGUGUAGGCAUGUUCGUCUCAAUGUAAUCCUGUUAGUUUACUAACGGGAGAGUAGAGAAAAGACAGGGUCUUGUUCUACUUUUAAUUAAACAAAGUUAAAACCAUUUUUUAUUCAUUUUAAUUAGCUCAUUUUUUUUAAAUUAGCCAUGAAUGAAAUAUUUAAGAAAUAUUUCAAAAUAAGAUUUCUUUAUUUAAAUUUGAGACAACUAAGACUACUAAACAGAGUUUAUUUUUG